AUGGCCGCUGCCCGGAUUCAGCGUUGGUCCCUCUUGCUGAGCGCCUACAACUACAAAAUUCAGUUCAAGCCAGGAAAGACGUUGAUUCCUGCAGACACCCUCAGCCGUUUACCGGUGCGGCAGGAGCAUAACAACACUAAGGCUGCAGAAGAUGACGCUCGGCUCGAUCGGGACAUUGAGAAGCUGGUGAACGCGUGUCCAACAUGCAUAGAAUGGGGCAGCAUGCCUCCUGCCCGACAACCCGUGCCUUGGCCGGACACAGAGGAGCCAUGGUCUAGGGUCCAUGUCGAUUUUGCGGGUCCUGUGGAAGGUGCGUGCAACAGUGGCCCACCGCUGAGCAAAGACGUCUGGUUCAAGAACUACGGAGUGGCUAAAAACCAGGAGGACCAGCGUGGGAGGAGAAGCCCGGGUUUCGACGAAACGGAAGACAGUUGGGACGCCUACCAGGUGCGUCUGCAGUCUUACUUUGAAGCCUAUGAUAUCGUCGACUCGAAGAAACGACGAGCCCUGCUAACGGCAGCCUUAAGCACGGCAACAGUCGGCAUAAUAACGGUACGGUGCGCGCCGGCGAAGAUUCAGGACCUUACCUAUGAGAAGCUGCUUGAACUGCUGGCAGAACACUUUGCGCCACAGGGCAACGAAAUAGCGGAGUCUUACAAGUUCUUCACCAGAUGCCAGCGUCCCGACGAGUCAACGAAGGACUUCAUUGUGGAAAUUCGGAAGAAGGCCUGCAGUUGCAACUUUGGCGAAGCGCGGGACAGGAUGCUACGAGACAGACUUGUUUGUGGUCUACGUGAUGCCGGCGUUCGUCGGAAGCUUUUGGCCAGACCUUCGCUGACGCUGAAAGAAGCCGAAGAUAUAGCGUUAGCAGCAGAGAUGGCAGCUCUCAACGUUGAUCACAUGGAGAGCACACAGGAUUAUGGCGACGUCCAUGCCGUGAGGAGCAAGAUGCAAGGUCAACCGUAUUACCACAAGACUCAUCCGAGCACUUCUCGACUAAGCGAAGACGUCGUUUGCCCGUGCUGUGGUAGCACUAAGCACAAGGCAGCAAAGUGCAAGUUUCGCCGGGCGGAGUGUUUUCGCUGCCGACGUAAAGGGCACCUAGCUAAGAUGUGUGUAUGGAAACAAGGGGUGGCCCUUUGUGAGGACCAUUCUUCAGAGAGCGACGGCAACGAACUUUGUCUAAUGAGUUUGUACACUACGUCGGUAAACUUGGUCAAGCCUGUGGUUCGCACCCUCUGCUGGAGCGGAAUUCCGCUGACAAUGCAAGUGGACACCGGAUCGCCUGUCUCCAUCAUUACGUGGAAAACAUACUGCAAGCAUCGGCAUGCCUGGCCUGCGAUCCGCGAGACGUCCUUGAAGUUGUCCUGCUUUCUUGGCAAGCUGCCCGUGAGGGGUCAGCUGAAACUUCCGGUCUCGUACGCGGGAAAGACCCUAGAUGCCACUCUAACCGUACUGCAAUGCGAUGGCCCGAACUUGUGCGGGCGAGAUGUCAUCAGCGCAUUUGAGCGUAGCGGAAGGCCCGUCUUAAGCAUUCUCGGCGAGGAAACCUCCGGUGAGCAAAAUGUCCCUGACAGUACUUUGGUUAGCGCACUCUUAGAGGAGUUCGGCGAUUUGUUUACGCCAGGUCUAGGGCUAAUUGAUGGCCCCGCAGUCCAUUUGCGGUUGCGGGAAAAUGCGUUGCCGCGGUUCUGCAAAGCACGUUCUGUGCCGUAUGCAAUGCGGGAGCAAGUGUCAAAUGAAAUAGACAGGCUUGUUAAGCAUGGCAUUCUCUCGCCUGUCGACAGUGCGGAGUGGGCCACACCUUUGGUUCCCGUUAUCAAAAAGAAUGGUUCCAUUCGGUUGUGUGGUGAUUUUAAAGUGACCGCAAAUGCUGCAUGUGUCACGGAGCAGUACCCAUUGCCAAAAAUAAGGGAUAUCUUUGCAAACCUAAACGGUGGUGAAGUAUUCAGCACCAUCGACUUGAAGGAUGCUUACAGUCAGCUGCCGCUUGACGAGGAAACGAAGAAGAUAUUGGUUGUAAACACUCCGAAAGGCCUGUUUUGCUUUAAUAGGCUUCCUUUUGGUGUAGCCUCUGCUCCUGCGAUUUUUCAGAGACGUAUGGACGGCAUCCUGCAAGGCAUUCCGGGCAUUCAAGUAUAUUUGGACGAUGUGGUAGUCGCGGAGAAACGCGGCAACUGUGAGACGCUGCGUGAAGUUUUCAGACGUUUCCGGCAACACGGUGUGAAGCUGAAUCCGCAGAAAUGCAAGUUCCGACAAGCAGAAGUUGAAUUUCUGGGACAUCGUAUAAAUAUGAACGGAUUGUUACCUAAGAUGGACAACAUUGCUGCAAUAAUGGAAAUGCCGAAGCCAACCGGUGUUGCGGAACUACGGGCGUUUUUGGGCUUCGUGACCUACUACCACUCAUUUCUGGGAAACUUGGCUACUGUUCUAGAGCCACUGCAUGAACUGCUAAGAAAGAACACACGCUGGCAGUGGGGAGCGAGACAAGAUAACGCGUUCCGAGCAACAAAGCGGCUGCUAGAGGAAGCUAAGUUCUUGGCGCACUACGAUCCAAGUAAGCCGCUUAUCUUGGAAACCGAUGCGUCGUCGUGUGGCGUCGGCGCAGUGCUAUAUCACAGAGUAAAUGGGCAAGAUCGACCAAUUGGGUUCCGGUCGCGAACGCUUUCAGCUGCUGAGCGUAAUUACGCGCAAAUUGAAAGAGAGGCAUUGGCAGUUGUCUUCGGGGUUACAAAGUUCCGGGAAUAUCUGCUCGGGAAUCAUUUCACGCUUGUGACAGAUCACAAACCUCUUCUGAGCCUUUUCAGCCCCGACAAGCCCGUUCCCGCCAUGGCCGCUGCCCGGAUUCAGCGUUGGUCCCUCUUGCUGAGCGCCUACAACUACAAAAUUCAGUUCAAGCCAGGAAAGACGUUGAUUCCUGCAGACACCCUCAGCCGUUUACCGGUGCGGCAGGAGCAUAACAACACUAAGGCUGCAGAAGAUGACGCUCGUGCGUGCAACAGUGGCCCACCGCUGAGCAAAGACGUCUGGUUCAAGAACUACGGAGUGGGUGACAAAUGGAAACCAGGCUCGUUAGAGUCCACCGAAGGCUCGCGAAUGGCAACGGUAAAGACAGCAGAUGGGGAGCAACAUCGCCGCCACCUCGACCAGCUAAAAACCAGGAGGACCAGCGUGGGAGGAGAAGCGAUGGAACCCGAGGCCCCCAUGCAAGCAGCAACGACUAAAGGCAGCCAGAACGCAGCGGCAGACUCGCAGUCUCAAGGACACGACAGCAGUCACAGUCAGGCUCAAGUAGGCACCGACAUUCGAACGCCGUCAGACGGGCGGGCCGAAGCCGAGGUUGCUACCAGAGAGCCGCAAGUGACUGACCGGGCUGAAGUGACACUGCGUAGGUCGAAGCGGAAGCCCCGGCCCCCGGACCGCUUCACUCCUUAAGGGGGGAGA